CGCCUACAAAAAAGCGAUUUCCUGUUUCAAAUCGCACGUUACACAAGAGCAUAAGCUUAGGUAAAUUGUGAAAACCGUUGUCUCCAGAUCGCUUGCUGGUGCCACAUUGGUUAUUGUAUCAAUUUGCAAGUAGUAAUAUGGCAGAUGGACCAACACAGAAAGUGCAAGAGUACAAGGACUCGCUGAAAUCGAAGGCAGAAAUCUUGAUCCUCAAAGGUUUCCCAAAGAAAAUUGUUGAAUUAAAUGAAUUACUUGAUACGGCACAAUUUGGGAGGCAAGAUUUGACAGACAUUCAUCAGCCCCUGAACAUCCCUGUGCCAGAUCCGGUCAUUGUUAACAGCCAUGUGGUGGAACAGCCGGCCAACAAGAAGUGGAAAUAUGAUAACUGUGUGGACAGCGGCAGCGAGGUGUCCGGUACUAAGGUGAUGGCUCUCCUGUCUGGUGCAGUGCCAUGUAACAAACACUUAUGCGAUGUGGUUGCCGUUGUGAAGCCCCACAUCAGACAAUUAAUUGAAGAUGCAAACCUGCUGAAAAUGUGGAUUUCUUUCAUGAUUCCAAAAAUUGAGGAUGGUAAUAACUUUGGGGUGUCAAUUCAAGAGGACACCCUGGGGGAAAUCCAGUCUGUUGAAACGGAAGCUGCCACCUUCUAUGAUCAGAUUUCACGGUACUUUGUAUCAAGGGGGAAGGUAGUUUCCAAGGUGGCCAAGUACCCACAUAUUGAAGAUUAUCGGAGAGCUGUGCAAGAACUUGACGAGAAGGAGUAUGUGAGCUUGUGGCUUGUCAUGUGUGAGAUACGGAAUCGCUACUGCACUCUUCAUGAUAUUGUGGUUAAGAACCUGGAGAAGAUCAAGAAACCACGAUCGUCUAACGCUGAUUCGCUUUACUAGAAAAUCCAUACUCCCUGAUCUAAUUCCAUGCUGUUGUUAAGAUUUGUACGAUUGGUAGGGGACAAGGGGUUUGCAGUCGAAAUAAUCAUUUUUAUAAAUGUCAAAGCAGACUGAAAUUUUAUACAAAAAGAUCUGGUGAAAUCUAAUGUGACCCCAAACACACAUACACACGAAUAUAGUUUGUGUAAGAAAUUACAAAUUUGGUUUCAUUUUAUAAUUUAUAAGUGUGAGGGUAGGUUUUUCUUAAGAUUGAUUUACCACAUUUUGCCAUUUUCAGUAUCUCAUUACACCUCUUUGUAAGUGAUCUAUCCUUUUUCCUUAAUGCUGCAAAUUUUUUUUUAGUCCACUACACAAAUUAUAGGUCUCUGAAAACAAUAGUUGAUGUGUAUUUAAUUUACUGUCGUAUUAGAUGAGGUACUGCAGUAAUAUAGAAUGCAAACAUGACACCAUAGGGAUGUAACUGUGUUAUUUAUAUGCUCAGGAGAGAGCCCUACCAUUAACAGUUUUGAUGCUUAAGCCCUGUUUUUUGGUCCUUUUUUAAUUCCAUUUCCUCUCCUCCACACAUGCAAACACAAUUACAGAGUGUGGUAAAAGCCAGAUAACUUUAUGUUGUAAGUUUCCUGCAGGCUUUGAAGAACUGAAGAUUAUAACUGGUCCUAAACAAGAGAGGUUUUUCCUACAUUCCUUUGUGAAGUAUUGAGGGUGACUGUUGUGUUUUGUAUUCGUUGACUUUUGCCAUAUCCUGUAAUGUAACUGUGAACAUUUUGCAGGUUUUGAACACACUACCCUCUUAUGGGAGACUUUAUACUGAGCAGAUGCAAGACUCAUUUGGUUUUUACAAUGUAAUGAAUGUUUGUGAAUAAAAGCAAAGUUAUCUUGAUAAAUUCA